CGAGCGCGCGGGGCCGCCGGCCCGGCCCGCCCGAGCCCCCGCGGCGCCCGGCCCGGAGGCGCGGCCGGGAGGAUGUCGGCGGGCGGCCGCGACGAGGAGCGGCGGAAGCUGGCGGACAUCAUCCAGCACUGGAACGCCAACCGGCUCGACCUGUUCGAGAUCAGCCAGCCCACCGAGGAUUUGGAGUUCCAUGGGGUGAUGAGGUUUUACUUUCAAGACAAAGCUGCUGGAAACUUUGCCACCAAGUGCAUCCGGGUGUCCAGCACGGCCACCACGCAGGAUGUGAUUGAGACGCUGGCAGAGAAGUUCCGGCCAGACAUGCGCAUGCUGUCCUCGCCCAGGUACUCUCUGUAUGAGGUGCACGUCAGCGGAGAAGAAAGAAGAUUGGAUAUAGAUGAGAAGCCCCUAGUCGUGCAGUUGAACUGGAAUAAAGAUGAUCGAGAGGGCCGAUUCGUGCUUAAGAAUGAGAACGAUGCUCUGCCUCUCAAGAAGGCUCAGAGCAAUGGCCCCGACAAGCAGGAGAAGGAGGGCGUCAUCCAGAACUUCAAGAGAACACUCUCAAAGAAGGAGAAGAAAGAGAAGAAGAAGCGUGAGAAAGAGGUGUCGCGGCAGGUGUCGGAGAGAGAGGAGCGCCUGUUCCCAGGAGAGGACGUUGAGAAUUCCCGACUGGCUGCCGAAGUUUACAAAGACAUGCCCGAGACCAGCUUCACUCGCACCAUCUCCAACCCUGAGGUGGUCAUGAAGCGCCGGCGGCAGCAGAAGCUCGAGAAGAGGAUGCAGGAGUUCCGGAGCUCCGACGGGCGGCCAGACUCAGGUGGGACGUUGAGGAUCUAUGCUGACAGCCUAAAGCCCAACAUCCCCUACAAGACCAUCCUGCUCUCCACCACGGACCCUGCGGAUUUUGCUGUGGCAGAAGCGCUGGAGAAGUACGGGCUGGAGAAGGAGAAUCCCAGGGAGUACUGCAUCGCCCGGGUCACGCUACCUCCAGGUGCUCAACACUCGGAUGAGAAAGGUGCUAAGGAAGCCAUCCUCGAGGAUGAUGAGUGUCCUUUACAGAUCUUCCGGGAGUGGCCCAGCGAUAAAGGGAUCCUCGUCUUCCAGCUGAAGAGACGGCCUCCAGACUACGUGCCCAAGAAGGGCAGGAAGCACAGUGACGGGAAGGUGGCGAGGGCGAGGGAGCGGGCCGAGGGGGCCGGCUACGGCUCUGCGCUCCCGCCCGAGAAGCUGCCGUACCUGGUGGAGCUCAGCCCAGGGAGGAGGAACCACUUUGCCUACUACAACUCCCACGCGCACGAAGAUGGUUCUGACUCCAGGGAUAAGCCGAAACUCUACCGCCUGCAGCUCAGCGUCACCGAGGUUGGGACAGAGAAGCUGGAGGACAGCUCCAUCCAGCUCUUCGGGUCGGGAAUUCAGCCCCAUCACUGCGACCUCACCAACAUGGAUGGUGUGGUGACCGUCACACCGCGCAGCAUGGAGGCCGAGACGUACGUGGAGGGGCAGCGCAUCUCUGAGACCACCGUCCUGCAGAGCGGCAUGAAGCUACAGUUUGGGGCGGCACACGUGUUCAAGUUUGUGGACCCCAGCCAGGACCACGCUCUCGCCAAGAGGACCGUGCAGGAGACGACGUUCGAUCUAGGAGGGGACGUGCACGGUGGCGCAGGACUGCCCACGAGCAAGAGCGCCACCAGGCUGGACAGCGAGCGUGGCACAUCAGCCUGUAGCACCGCUGAGCGUGGCCUGGUGAAGCCCAUGAUCCGGUUGGAGCAGCAGCAGGAGCUACGCAGGCAGGAGGGCAGACCCCAGGAUGCUGCCGGGCCGGAGCUGACACUGCCCGCGAGCAUCGAGUUCCGGGAAAAUGCUGAAGACUCAUUUCUCUCCGCCAUUAUCAACUACACAAACAGCUCAACUGUGCACUUUAAGUUAUCGCCGACGUACGUGCUGUAUAUGGCAUGUCGGUAUGUACUGUCCAGCCAGUACAGACCUGACGCCAGUGCCUCCGAGCGUCCCCACAGAGUGAUUGCCAUUGUCAGCAAGAUGGUGAGCAUGAUGGAGAGCGUGAUCCAGAAGCAGAAGAAUAUCGCAGGGGCGCUUGCUUUCUGGAUGGCGAAUGCCUCCGAGCUUCUCAACUUCAUCAAGCAGGACCGGGACCUCAGUCGCAUCACCGUGGACGCCCAGGACGUGCUUGCGCACCUGGUGCAGAUGGCCUUCAAGUACCUGGUUCACUGCCUCCAGUCAGAAUUGAAUAACUAUAUGCCAGCAUUUCUGGAUGACCCUGAAGAGAACAGUUUGCAAAGACCAAAAAUCGAUGAUGUCCUGCACACGCUCACGGGGGCCAUGUCCCUGCUGCGCCGCUGCCGUGUCAACGCUGCCCUCACCAUCCAGCUCUUCUCUCAGCUCUUCCACUUCAUCAACAUGUGGCUCUUCAACAGGCUGGUCACCGACCCUGAGUCGGGGCUGUGCUCGCACUACUGGGGGGCCAUCAUCCGCCAGCAGCUGGGCCACGUGGAGGCCUGGGCCGAGAAGCAGGGUCUGGAGCUGGCAGCCGACUGUCACCUCAGCAGGAUCGUGCAGGCCACCACUCUGCUCACCAUGGACAAGUACACAUCCGAGGAUAUCCCUGCCAUCAACAGCACCUGCUUUAAGCUGAACUCGCUGCAGCUGCAGGCUCUGUUGCAGAAUUACCACUGUGCGCCCGAUGAGCCCUUCAUCCCCGGGGAUCUGAUUGAGAACGUGGUGGCCGUGGCAGAGAACACGGCCGAUGAGCUGGCCCGCAGCGACGGCCGGGAGGUGCAGCUGGAGGAGGACCCCGACCUGCAGCUGCCCUUCCUGCUGCCUGAGGACGGCUACUCCUGUGAUGUCGUCAGGAACCUCCCCAGCGGCCUGCAGGAGUUCCUGGACCCUCUGUGCCAGCGCGGGUUUUGCAGGUUGAUUCCUCACACACGAUCGCCGGGCACGUGGACAAUAUACUUCGAAGGCGCAGAUUACGAGAGCCACCUCACACGGGAGAGUGCAGAACUGGCCCAGCCUCUGAGGAAAGAGCCGGAAAUCAUCACCGUGACCCUGAAGAAGCAGAAUGGAAUGGGACUGAGCAUCGUGGCGGCCAAGGGUGCAGGUCAGGAUAAACUGGGAAUCUAUGUCAAGUCGGUCGUGAAAGGAGGCGCAGCUGAUGUGGAUGGACGCCUGGCUGCAGGCGACCAGCUCCUCAGUGUGGAUGGGCGAAGUCUGGUAGGACUCUCUCAGGAAAGGGCUGCAGAGCUCAUGACCAGGACCAGUUCCGUGGUCACACUGGAAGUGGCCAAGCAAGGAGCCAUCUACCACGGCCUCGCCACCCUGCUCAACCAGCCGUCCCCCAUGAUGCAGAGAGUUGCAGAUCGCCGAGGCUCGGGGAAGCCCCGUCCCAAGAGUGAAGGCUUUGAGCUCUACAACAACUCAGCACCCAACGGGUCCCCGGAAAGUCCGCAGCUGCCCUGGACAGAGUACACUGAGCCCAAGAAAUUGCCGGGCGAGGACAGGCUGAUGAAGAACAGGGCUGACCACCGUUCCAGCCCUAAUGUUGCAAACCAGCUUCCCAGCCCCGGAGGGAAGAGUGCGUACGCCCCUGGAGCAACCGCCAAGAUCACCUCUGUCUCCACCGGGAACCUGUGCUCUGAGGAACAAACCCCUCCACCUCGGCCCGAGGCCUACCCCAUCCCCACGCAGACCUACACCCGGGAGUACUUCACCUUCCCCGCCUCCAGGGCCCAGGACCGCACGGCGCCUCCCCAGAACCAGUGGCCAAACUAUGAGGACAAGGCUCCCAUGCUCACAGACGUCAGUGACUCCCAUUCCGCGCGUCAGCGGGUGACGCGCUCACAGGAGGAGCUGCGGGAAGACAGAGCCUGCGGCCUGGAGCACCAGAUGGACAGUGACCUGUGGGUCACCCAGAGCUCCUCGCUGGGCUCCAGCGCGUCCAGCCAGGAGCACCUGGACCACUCCUCCAAGCCCAGCACCCCGGCCUCCACACUCACCAAAAGCGGCCCGGGCCGCUGGAAGACGCCCGCCCUGGUGCCGGCCCCUCCGGUGGCGCUGUCCCAGCCUCUCCGGACAGACCUGCCCCCGCCGCCCCCGCCGCCCCCCGCGCACUAUGACCUGGACGGGGUGGCCCUGGACCUGCCCCUCCCGCCGCCCCCCGCGAGCCAGCUGGGCCCCGCGCCGGCCGAGCGCAAGAAGCGGGAGGAGCAGCAGCGCUGGUACGAGAAGGAGAAGGCCCGGCUGGAGGAGGAGCGGGAGCGGAAGCGGCGCGAGCAGGAGCGGAAGCUGGGCCAGAUGCGCACGCAGGCCCUGCACCCCGCCCCGGCGCCCGCGCCCCCCGCGCCCCCCGCCCGGCCCGAGAAGCCCGCGGCGCUGCCCAGGCCUCCGGAGACGGUCAUCCGGGAGCUGCAGCCCCAGCAGCAGCCCCGCACGAUCGAGCGCCGGGACCUGCAGUACAUCACCAUCAGCAAGGAGGAGCUGGCCUCGGGCGACAGCCUGUCCCCGGAUCCCUGGAAGCGCGACGCCAAGGAGAAGCUGGAGAAGCAGCAGCAGCUGCACAUCGUGGACAUGCUGAGCCGCGAGAUCCAGGAGCUGCAGAGCAAGGCCACGCGCAGCGCCGAGGAGAGCGACCGCCUGCGCAAGCUCAUGCUGGAGUGGCAGUUCCAGAAGCGGCUGCAGGAGUCGAAGCAGAAGGAUGAGGACGACGAGGAGGAGGAGGAGGAGGACGUGGACACCGUGCUGAUCAUGCAGCGCCUGGAGGCCGAGCGCAGAGCACGGGACGAGGAGCGGCGGCGGCAGCAGCAACUGGAGGAGAUGCAGCAGCGGGAGGCAGACGACCGUGUGCGGCUGGACGAGGAGCGCCGUCAGCAGGAGGAGGAGCGUGGCCGGCGUGACGCCGAGGAAAAGCGGCGACAGGAAGAAGGGUAUUACAGCCGCCUGGAAGCCGAGAGGCGCCGACAGCACGAGGAGGCUGAGCGCCGGCUGCUGGAAGCCGAGGAGCCGGGCCUCUGCCGCCCUCCGCUCCCGCGGGGCUAUGAGCCCACCCCCCCUGGCCCCGCGGCCCACCCUCCUCCCCCGCCCCAGCGGGCCGCCUCCUACCUCCACACUCAGGCCCUCUCCCCCGACUCUCUGUACACCGCCAAGUUCGUGGCUUACAACGAGGAGGAGGAGGAGGAGGACUGCGGCCCAGCAGGACCAAACUCUUACAUGGGCUCCACAGGGGCCUUGCUCGGCGCCCAUGAGGUGCAUCGGGACCCCAGAGAGAAGCUGUGUAGAAGCCAAGAGACAGGUCCACCUGGAAGUCCUGGAGCACCUGAAAACUUGACGUUCAAAGAGCGCCAGCGUCUCUUCUCACAAGGUCAGGACGUGUCGGAUAAAGUGAAAGCGUCCCGGAAACUGACGGAACUGGAACAGGAGCUGAACACCAAGUGAGGGGUGCCAGGCGCGCACAACCCCUCCACCUCUGCUCUCAGCGCCGGGAUCCAGAUCCCGAUCCCAGAAAGCUUAUUUUAUUUUCCAAGAAAUUAUCAUUUAUACACUUCAGUACUGUCUAAAUUCUUAACUGGCUCACAUGAAGAAAGCUUUGUGUUAGUUUCUUUUUAGAGUCUUGAGUUCCCAGGGGACAAACGGGGGGCGGGGGGGCGGCGUUUGUGGGACGAGGGGCUGCUUCCCUCUCCACACCUUCUCUCCUGUCGGACACUGGCUGGAACUGACCUGGCACACGUUUGCACUCAGGUCCUCCCUCUGGGAGUGGCCGCAGGGUCACCCUUACAGGUACAGGCUCCCCGAUCCACUCCAGGUGUGGGAUUCUAAAGAAUUCUCCAAGAGAAAACCUCGAAGAUUUACCUUUAGAAAAUUUUACUGUUGUAAAUUCCUGAAUGUUGUUAGAUUAGUAACUUUCUCGUGGUCUUGAACACGGCAGUCCCACUAGAAAGUGAGCUGUAGCUAACGGGAUUGGAAAUCCGGCCCGGGAAUCCAGGGCCGGCUCUGAUUGGGCCUUGCUGUGAGCGGAGCCAAGCACCUCGACGGGUGGGGUGCCCAGCUGUCACGGAAACGCGUGUGGCCGUUCCAGCCAGUCUUUCACCUUCUCAUAGAGCUAUUUAAUUUUCUUCUGUUGAUUAUUAGUUACCACUGUUGUUUCUUCAGCUAUGAAUUUGUGACUGAUGUUGGGGAGACGGACCUCACUGUGUUGUAGAUUGUGUGAUGUUACAAUGGUAAGUCACUUUGUGAUUAUGAGCAGAUUUCCUGUUUGACAAAGCCCUGCUGGGUUGAGGUGGUUUUUCUUUACCGUACUGUUCUCUGCCCUGGGUGUCUGUUAGGAAAACGUGCACACUUUCAAAUGGAAGCACCCGCCUCAGAAUCACUUUAAUACGAGUUGUAUGAUAGAUCAUUAAAACUGCGAGUGUACAUAGUUUUGUCUGCCGGGUUCUUCUUUGAAAGUGUGCUUGGACCCUUGCCUCGUGUUGUGAGGCCGCGUGCCAGGCCUGCCUGCUUUUCCAGGGGCACUCAGGGAAGCAGGCUGUACCCAGCACUUGAGGACACAGCAGCCUCUGGGGGACUGCGUCCACUCUCUCUACAGAAACUACUGUUAUGUCCCCAGAGAACACACCCUGGGCGGUGUCUGCGGGCAGGGCUGGGGCUGAGUGCCCGUGGGGGCAGGCCGUGCGGGAUGACUUGAUUGUGAGCGAGCGAGCUUUGCGGAACUGCGUUCCUAUGGAAAAACACCAAACUGCUGUCUUGUCCAUUUCUACUGUAUUUGGCGACCUAUUUUUAAUAAACUUUAUAUGUAUUUC